GAAACGAUGAGAACCCACAGCCGUUGAAACGCAGUCGGCGCGUAUGGCUCCUGAGCGAGAGGAAGCAGGCUUGAUUUCUGGCUGCAUACCGUUCUCACACAGCACUGGGCGGCAGCUGAUUCGUGGUUUGGAUAAUUGGAAAAAAAUCAAUAAAGAGGAGCUUUUAAAACCAGAUGCUCGAACUUCCACUCGGCUGACUAACUUUGGCUACGGCGGCAUCAUGAACGGGAAUGUGACAGUCACGAAUCUCACUCUCCUGAUGGGCACAGAGAUGCCAACAAAUGACAGUUACACCGUCUUAGGGGGAAAUGAAUCGGACAAUGGUACAGGCCCAUCUCCUGUUCAAAGUAGUCCAGAAUAUCUUCUGGCGUGGGUGACUGUGGCUAAUGUGCUGGUGUUUAUUACGGGUGUGUUCGGGAAUACGCUGGUUAUCAUCGUAGUUUCCAGGGUGCGGGAGAUGAAGACUGCCACCAACUUCUGUCUCAUGAACCUCAGUAUUGCAGACCUAUUAGUUUUGUUAAUCUGCCAACCCGCCGCGUUGCUCGAGUUUUUUUGCUAUGAGAAGUGGAUGCUGGGAGACUUCAUGUGCAGACUUGUGAGCUUCCUUGAAAACUUCGUGACGCAUGCCUCUAUAAUGAUUAUUCUGGCCGUCAGCCUCGGACGAUUUUUUGCUGUUGCUCACCCACUCCGCACUUACUCUUCUGGCAGCAAGUCCAAGGCCAUGCUAAUCAUGGUUGUCAUCUGGAUCGUGGUCCUCGCCGUCACUUCACCCUUCCUCGUCAUGGCUCACACAACUGAGGAAUACCAUUUCAUCUACCAAGAAUACGUCUCGAUAUGCAUCACUCCUAUCAACCAGAACUGGAAGACUGUUUACAUGGUCAUCAUAUUUUGCUGUUUCUUUGUCGUCCCCAUGGCCCUGCUCGUGUUCCUGUACACGUUCAUUAUCUACAAGGUUGUCAAGGAUACCAUGAUGAGUGGGGAUGUCAAGGACAGCGCUAAGGUUCAGUCCAACAACUCAAGGAAGCAACUUGUAAGCAUGCUGAUUGGAAUCAUUGUUCUCUUCUUCUCGUGUCUGCUUCCGUUUCGUAUUGUAGCACUCUGGCAGAUUUUCACCCCGCUGGAAAAGGUACGAAGCAUGGGGGUGGAACAGUAUCAAAACCUUAUGGCAUUCGUUCGUCUUCUCAUCUACGUCAACAGUGCUGGUAACCCAAUCAUAUACAACAUCUAUUCACAAAAGUUUCGAAAUUCUUUCAGAAAAGCCCUUGUAUGUGGUUCAAAAAACGAUCUGAGCAAUGCCAUGAGGCGAACGACAGUGACGAACUAUAGCUAUGUGAAAAGUGAUGUGAGCCAAGUCGACUAUGUGUGAAAUUGAUGAACUAUACUUGGCUGACAAUUGCAUUUGAACCAUAAGAUUUCCUGUCGAUAUCAAACUGUCGAAAUAUUACUGGAAUGUAAACAUAUAGCCAUGGUUGCAAAUAGCACACAUUGUCGUUCAUCCGACAUUUCUUACCAUGUGGUAUUUAUGACGCUUUGCUGGAAGAAGAAAUACAUUUUUCUUCUCGUGUUUGGUGGAGCCAAAUUAACAUGAACUUUUACCCAUGCUCGUCACGAUACGUAAUCCGUCGGCAGAGACAGAUCUGGAGAUGGGUAGACAGAAUAUAUCUAAUGUCAAUGACAUUCUUCUUGGCUGUGGUUUUGUUUGUUGUGUUGUGAGACAAACGUUAUGUUACGUUGUACCAUUGUCCUUCACUCUCCUCAUUACAGUAUCUUACGUUUUAUAUGCACAUCCACGGGACUGACCCUUCACUCUCCUCAUUACAUUAUCUUACUUUUUAUAUACACAUCCACGGGCCUGACCCUUCACUCUCCUCAUUACAUUAUCUUACUUUUUAUAUGCACAUCCACGGGACUGACCCUUCACUCUCCUCAUUACAUUAUCUUACUUUUUAUAUGCACAUCCACGGGACUGACCCUUCACUCUCCUCAUUACAUUAUCUUACUUUUUAUUUACACGUCCACGGGACUGACCCUUCACUCUCCUCAUUACAUUAUCUUACUUUUUAUUUACACGUCCACGGGACUGACCCUUCACUCUCCUCAUUACAUUAUCUUACUUUUUAUAUACACGUCCACGGGACUGACCCUUCACUCUCCUCAUUACAUUAUCUUACUUUUUAUAUAUACGUCCACGGGACUGACCCUUCACUCUCCUCAUUACAUUAUCUUACUUUUUAUAUACACAUCCACGGGCCUGACCCUUCACUCUCCUCAUUACAUUAUCUUACCUUUUAUAUGCACGUCCACGGGACUGACCCUUCACUCUCCUCAUUACAUUAUCUUACCUUUUAUAUGCACGUCCACGGGACUAGUGACCCUUCACUCUCCUUAUUACAGUAUCUUACCUUUUAUAUGCACGUCCACGGGACUAGUGACCCUUCACUCUCCUCAUUACAUUAUCUUACUUUUUAUAUAUACGUCCAAGGGCCUGACCCUUCACUCUCCUCAUUACAUUAUCUUACUUUUUAUAUACACGUCCACGGGACUGACACUUCACACUCAUCUUACAUACUCACCGAGAAAAGAAACGCAAAUACCAUACAUGUUGGUUAAUAUAUGAAGAACUACUCAUAUUCAAGAGACAUUAGAAUGGAUCGAUGCACAAACGAAUAUACUGUUAUGUUGUGUGAACGAACGCUCAUGAACGCAUCACAUAUGACGUCACAGAUCAAUGACUCGACAUGCACCAUUUAUCUUGUGCAGGAUUAGUGUGUAAAGUUUGGAAAUCACGUGAAUAUCGUGAUAAGAAUAACACUGUGGUAACACUAGACUUAUUGUUAGUUUUGUCUUUGGAAACAUGUCUUUUUGACGCAUAUAUACUUCUCUACAUGUUUCUAUGGUUCGCGUUUCUUUUGGCGAUGAGUAUAUAAUUCACCCACAUUCUCAUUUCUACUUGUCCUAACAAAACAAUUCAUGUACAAAUGAACAGGGUAAAGCCUAUAUAUGUUUCAUUACUUGUUAAGUGAAAUUGUCGUGUGUACCGCCGAUGAUACAUUUACUGAUCUGAUUCUAUUUUGUUGUAUUUUCCAACUUCGAACCGAAUGAUUAAGCAUGGAUAUUACGAUUAUUAUAAUAACCAAAGCAUAUGGUCCGAUCUUAACUUGUUAAUGAUAUCACACGUCCAGGACCAUUCUUCUAGUACUUCAAGUUAGUAGGCGAUGAAAUGAAGGCAGAAGGCAAGGUUGCUAGGUUUCAGCUGUGAUAUUAGUCUCUACGUCCAAUUACACAUGCCAACUCUCAUGAUAUGGCCAUUAUCAAGGCGCACCUCACAACACUCAACUUGCCAAUGAUGAACUUACAUCCUUUCUCAUGUAACUCCUGCCCAUCUGCAAGCCUUGGACUAAUACCCCCGCUGUUAGGGUACUCCUCUGUCUAAUCCUGUGUGUUGAUAGGUUGCCUAAGUUACAUCGCUUUUCAUAAUCAUUGUAGAGUCUAUUUUCAGAAGUUGUUGGUUGUUCGCGUGUUUGGACGAUGUUUUCGGAAUGUGUUUUGUUCGGACUAUUCACUUUUAUUAAGCUAUGCCUGCCAUAAACAGCUUGCUUUUCAUCAGGAUUACGUUUAUACAUUGCGUAACAUUAGCGGUAGUUCUUUAUAAAUAUUUACGAGCAGCGUGAUGUAACUGACAUAAUGUUCAAAGUGGUGUUUAACCCUAGCUCAGUAAUAACCUGAAUGUGAACAGUAGUGUGUAAUAUGUAUGCAACGUAAUAUGCAGGUGUGCCCAAGGUCAUACUCUGGAAAUAGUAUAUGUGUAGCAUAUUAUUGGCUGGGGCAUUGUUUUCAUCAAUAUUGUAUCUAAGCUGUUGCUCAAUAUUAUAUAUCAUUGUUACCGCUGAUACUAUUAUACUGUAUGUAUAUUAUCUGUGUUUACAUAUCUAUAUGUAUGUGUCAUGUGUAAUUAAACUGGUUCUUUUUGUAUGCCAUAAAACAUACAAAACUUCAACAUACAAGGCAGGAGUGAUACAUCUAGGCGAUACGCCAAGUUCGUAGUUUUACAUGGCUAAUAUGUCAAAGAGAAUAUCUUACAUAUCUUAAGCAUAUCUCAAUACACCUGAUAGGAAUAGCUAGGAGACUUUUGUGUGAAAUACAUGAUGGUCUUGGUUGAAUACUGUUGACAACCUUGUUGACCAUCACAGUCCCUGGUGCAUGUCAGGUAACUGCAGACCAACCCAAAGUAAUACUGUGGUUUUUUUGUGGCGUUGCCUUGUCGUAAAAAGGAUUCUCACAUUACAAAGGGAAAGGUUAUCCUUUUUAUCCACCCAAGGCUGCUAUGAAUACCAAAGUGCUCUGCCCACCGUGAGACGGCAGUCUCACAGUCUCUACUACCACACAGACAAUUACUACGACUUUCGUGUAUCACAUAAAAGCGAAUGGUCACGGUUUUAUAUGCUGGGCGUAUUAAAACACGCUGUGCAUUCCCUUUACUCUCCCUUCUUUAAAUACCUUUGGUAACAAUAAAGCUUAUAACCUAUUCCUGCCUUUUGUAACUUGUUGAAUUUGUUUUCUGGUUUAUUAAAUGUAAAUAAAUAAUAAAUAGCUAUAUAAUCUACU